AUGCGCGGUCCCCUCAGGGAGCCACACCUGUCCAAGGGAGAAUGGGGGUCACAUGACACAACAGACUGUCACAUUUCCCUCCUUUUCUCACCCCCACCUGGAACAACCAACCCCCCAUCUCCACCACUGUCCCCAUCCUCUCCCACUCUCCAUGGCCCAAAUUUCAAAGGCGAAACAGUCAGCCCAUCUGCAUUGGGCACGGGAAAGGCAGGCACACUUGCCAGCUGCCAGGCAAGCGGAGGAACUUGUGAGAGUGCCCUCUUGUGCUGCUCAGCCAAGGUGCAGCAGGCCCAGACACCAGGUUCUGGUCCCUGGACCUGGAGUGUAUCUUGGCACGCGGUCACAUGCUGGAGCUGCAGCGCACUCCAUGAUGGGGAGGCAAGUGAUGUCUUCCGCAUCCUCCCCAAGAUAGAGGAAUGCCUCACCAUCAAGAAGGAACCCCUCCCCUUCAAGCUGAAGGAUGCUGACAUGAUGCAGGAGGUCAUAAAGAAGGAGGAGAUUAAGGAGGAAGCAGUCCUCCAGGAUGAACGGGUCAAUGAAUGA